UCCGUUGCAGUCUGCAGCAGAGGGUUGGAGGUUCCAGGGCUGACAGGUGGAGACAGUUGCAAACUACUGCACCUCUUCUGAGUUUCGCCCCGGUAGGUUCCCACGGUGCCGCUGCGGCUGCCGUUUCCUCGUCAGCAUGAGUCUGUACGGAUCUCAGAAUCGCUUGAAUAUGGGUCGAAGGACCGGUUCCAGAGGCGACCUAACCGGCGGGAUGACCCAACAGUACGCGCGGAGCGAUGUCGUGCACGGAGGCGGUAAUGGAUACGAGCCGUACUUGGAAGGAUACAACAACACCUACACCUUCACAAAGUCCUCCUCGGGCGGAGGUAUGGGAGGCGGCAUGGCGAGCGGUGGAGGAGGAAUGAUGAGCGGUAGCGGUCUGAUGAUGAGCGGUGGAGGAGGAACGAUGAGCGGUGGAGGAAUGAGUGCGUCCAGCCUCGGUGCCGUCCACCAGAGGGCCAUGAUCCUGCAGAACCAGUGCCAGGAUUACCUGAAGAGAUCUGAAUACGCCCUGCAGUCUGGUAAUAACCAAGAUGCCCAGCGCUACAUGGCGAUGGCUAAAGAGACCACCGAGCAGCUGAAGGGCUGCGCGAUGGACCUGAGACAGAUGGGACAAUCCCCCGACAACGUGGUCAGGACCCUUGAGAUUUGUAACGACCAGAUGAAGGGGGUCCACAUGGCCAUGUCAGGCACCCUGACGAGGAGGAGGAGCACCAGAGGGAGCUCCGGAGGCUGGGAGGAGCCUCCGAGGAGCUUCCAGGACGCGAUGGGCUGGAUAGCACAGCAAAAGCGUUUGAUUGAAACGGCUCCCUGGGGGGACGAUGCUGAGACCAUCAAUCAGCAACUGGUCAGCCACCAGAGGUUUCACAGCUCCAUCCAGAGGAGCCCCGAGAUGGAGCGGGCCAGAGACGAACUGGUUAAGAAAGGAGACAAAGCAAGUCUUCAUGCUCUGGACCAAGAGUGGGACAGUUUACAGAAACUGUCGUUUGGGCGGUCCGAGCAGCUGCAGGAACUGCAGCACAUCAUUCAGGAGAUGUCCAAAGAGAUCAUGUGGGUGAACGAAAAAGAGGAGAAGGAGCUGAUGUUUGACUGGGGAGACAAAAACGUCGACCAGUACAUCCCGAAGAAACAGGAGAGCUACUCGAAACUGAUGAGCUCCCUGGAGGACAAAGAGAAGGACCUGAACAAACUGAAAGCCAAAGUGGACACCCUCCUGAAGAACAACCACCCGGCUGCAGACAAGAUCGAGGCCUACAAAGACACUCUGCAGACUCAGUGGAGUUGGCUUCUUCAGAUCACCAAGUGCAUCGACACUCAUUUGAAGGAGAACUCGGCUUACAGUCAGUUCUUCAGAGAGGCUAACGAGACGUACAGCUCCCUGCAAAAUGAGCAUGAGACGGUCCGUAAAAAGUUCAUCUGCGACAAGAACACAUCACUGGAGGACCUGUUGGACCUCCUCAGGGGACUGGAGAGGGAGAAGGAGAAGAUCAUGCAGAACAAGAGGCAGGUUCACCAUCUGGUCAACCAGUCCAAGAACAUCGUGAGGCUGAAACCCAGAAACCCAGAAGAGAAGAGCAGCAGCCAGGUCAUCGUCAAGUCGCUGUGUGACUUCAAACAAGACCAGAAGGUGAUCUGUAAGCACGACGAGGCGAUCCUGAAGGACAACAGUCAGCGCAGUAAGUGGAACGUUACAGGCCCCGGAGGACUGGAUAUGACGGUGCCCUCUGUGUGCCUACUGGUCCCGCCUCCCAACCCAAUCAGCAUCAGCCUGGCCAACAAGAACGAGCAGUACUACGACGCCAUCAUGUCCAUCUGGAAUCAGCUGUACAUCAACGCGAAGAGUCUGGUCGCCUGGCAGUACUGUCUCCUGGAUCUCAAACGCAUCAACUCGCUCACCAUCUCCAUGCUGGCCAAGAUGCGUCCCGAGGAGUACCGCCAGCUCAUCAAGAGCUUGGAGAUUCACUUUGAGGAGUUCAAAUUGAGCUCCAUGGACUCCCAGAUGUUUGGAGAUGAGGACAAGAAGACCAUAGAGAGCCAGUUCAACGGAGCCCAGAACCACUACGAACAGCUGGUGGUGCAGCUGCCCACAUACAUUAUACAGGAAGAGACAGAAGUUAAUCAAGCAGCCGAGCUGCAGCGCCAACAGGAGCUGCUUUUACUCCAGCAGCAGCAACAAGCUGCAGCCGAAGCGGAGGCCUGGAGGCUGGAGGAAGAAAGGCGGAGAGCCGAGCUGGAAAGGCAGGCGAGGAAGAAAGCAGAGAGAGAUGCGGCAAAAAAAGAGCAAAUGAUCAAGAGCGAAGUCAGGAAAGAGGUAAAGGCGGAGAAGAAGAAGGUGAUAGUCUCCUCUUCUCGAAGCUUGUCUGAGCUGCACGCGCUCAGACUGAGGCUAGAUGGCGCUGAGGACACGCUGAGUCAGCACGUUCACAUCUGUCUUGGAGACGACGGGGUGCACGACUGCGGCAUCAGGAUCUCUCAGUUAGAGAUGGUGCAGCGUGACGUCGACUCGAUGCGUGACGAGUUCUUGCGUCUGAGGGAGCGUAUCACGAAGGAGCUGGAGGGCAUGAAUGAUGCAGAUAAAGCUCAGUUCCUCCGCAGUGAGAUCGGAAUCAUCGACCAAAGACUGGCCAGUUUGGAUAGCAGCUCAACGGCUUACCUACAGCGGCUGCAGGCUCUAAGGAACAUGCUGGAUAGUGUGGCUCGAGCUGAAGACAUUGUGAAAGUUUACGAGGCGAGACUGACAGAGAAAGAGACCACCUCUCUGACUCCCAGUGAAGUGGAGGAGUACAUGUCGGCCCUGAUGAAAAUGAGAUCAGACCUGGAUCAGAAGAAAGGCAUUCUGGCCUCCAUGGAGGCAGACCUGGCCCAGGCCAGUCACUGGAACGGCCAGGUGGGGGCGCCUUUCCACAGGUGUGACAUUAUGCUGUCCAAAUACAACGAGCAGGUGAGCCAGCUGUCAGACCGCUGGAGACGAAUCACGGGCCAGAUUGACACCAGGGUCCAAGAUCUGCAGUCGUAUGAGCCUCAGCUGCAGCGCUACAAACAAACCAGCUCCUCCCUCAGUGACUGGAUUGAUACUACAAAGAGAAAACAAGACACCCUGCAGGCCACCAAGAUCAAUAGCAUCCCAGUGCUGAAAGAGCACAUUGACACCCAGAAGGCUCUGAACUCAGACAUCAAAUCCAAGAGGGGGACAGUAGACAGCGUGCUUAGGGACAAUGAAGCCUGUGUGACUUCUGUCAAGGACUAUGAAUCAGACCUCAACUCUUACACGUCUGGUUUGGAGACUUUGCUAAACAUCCCGAUCAAGAGGACCAUGCUGAAGUCGCCAUCGAUGGAUCUUAAUCAAGAGGCUACACAGCUGCAGACUCGUUACAUGGAGCUGUUCACUCAGUCUGCUGACUACCACAAAUAUCUGGGAGAGCUGCUCAAAAACAUGGAGGAGCUCAAGAUGCGUAACACCAGGAUUGACCUUUUAGAAGAAGAACUCCGCCUGCUGAGAGAAGACAUGCGUGAUCGAAACUCCAAGAACAAAUCUCUGGAAGAUGAACUUGCUCGCGCUCAGCUGGAGCUGAGCAUGUCUAAAGACCAGCUGUUCUCGAUGGAAAAGGUGACAGUAAGCACAGCGCGGGAGGUCAGCGCUACCCGGGAUAGCCUGGACAGCUCCCAUAGCCAGCUGGCAGACCUCAACGAUCAGGUUGCACGUCUGAAGUAUUUGCUUGAGGAAGAAAAGAGGAAGAAGAAGCUGGCAGAGGAGCGCUACACUCAUCAGCAAGAGGAGUAUGAAUUAGUGCUGAGUAGGAGACAGAAAGAGCUGGAGACGGUUAGCUGGUCCAAGGUGGAGUUAGAGAAGAGUGUUACGAAUAAAGAGCAGGAGAUCGAACAGCUGCGGUGGCAGCUGGCGGAUGAGGCAUCGAGGGUGAAGGAGCUACAAAAGGAGAUUUCAAAGGUAAGGAGCCAAUGCAGUACGGAGAUCAAUAAUUUAAAACUCAACUUCGAAUCCCAGAUCCAAGUUAGCCGCACAGACGUGCAGAGGCUGGCAGCCCAGAAGGAUGAGGAUACGUCUGAGCUCCGGCUGCAGUAUGACAGGACUGUGGCAGAGAGGAAGGAUCUGGAGGAGGAGCUCAGGAGGCUCAGGUUGUCUCUGAACCAGGCUGAGGAAAAAAGCAAGCGGGCAGAAGAAGAAAGUCAAAGUCAGCAUGCUGUCAUCACAGAGGAAGGGCGCAGGAGGAGAGAACUGGAGAGUAAGGUGGACGGGCUCAUGAGGCAGAGAGAUGAACAAAGCAGCCAGUAUGAGGAAGAGCUGGCUGAUGUCUUGAAGCGACUGCAGGAUAAAAGUGAGGAGCUGGUCUACAUCACACACAGUCUGGAGGAGGAGACCCGGAGGAGGAAGACUAUAGAGGAAGGGCAGGAUGUCCUUGAACAGACCUUGUCCCAGAUGCAGUCGAAGCUGAGUAGUUCUUCAAUGACUGCUGCCCAGCUUCGGGAGCGCAAGGAUGAGCUCGAGAAGUUGCGUCUGGAACUGGAGAGGGAGAGCAAGGAAAGAAGCAGAGUAGAACAGAACAUGAGCAGGUUACAGGGGCGCAUGAAGGACCUUCAGGCUAUGAGAGAUGGGCUUGAGAGUCAAGUGGAGAACCUGAGGGUGGCUAACCAAGUGGAGAUAGCUAGAAGAAAGCAGAUAGAAACAGAACUGGACAAGACCACCACAACAAUGACAGAGUACAACCGCACCAUUAAUACGCUACGCCAGAGCCAAGAGAAUGCCAGCAUGUCAGGGAAGAGAGUUGAAGAAGAGCGUCUUAGGUUGCAGGGGGAGCUGGAGGAAAGCCUGAGACGAAACAAAACCUCUGCAGAGCAAACGAAACAGCUUAGUGCUGAGCUGAAGGCCCUGCAGCAACAACUCCUCCAAGAGCAGACCAGAGUCAAAGAGGCAAACCUUAAGAAUGAGAGUCUGUACAAAACUAUAGAGGAGAGGAAUAUGGCGCUGAAUGAAAGCACCUCUGAGGUUCAGAGGCUGAAGGACAUGACAGAGAGCCAGACCAAAGAGAGGCUGAGGCUGGAGGAAGAGCUAAGGACAAUCCGGCAAGAAAAAGUGGAACUCCUGAGAACCAAACAGGGACACAGUGAUGAGCUAUCCUCCCAGAUUACAGCCCUGCAGCUGCAGCUUCAGGCCAGUGAGCGCAGCAAUGUAGAUUACCGAAACCUGGUCUCAGAGCUCUCCUCGGAGAGGGAGAAACUCAUGCUGGAGGCUGAGAAAAUACAAAAGCAGGCCACCGAGAUCACAGCCACGAUGCAGUCAAUCCAAUCUAAGUACAAUGACAUUGUGACUGAGAGAGAUGAUCUGUUACGUAGACUGAAACUGUCAGACAAUGACAGAGACAGCCUCCAAAGGCUAGAGGACGAGCUCAAUCGCCUUAAACUGUCCCUCGAGUCUGAGCUUCGCAAUAAGCAGCGUCUACAGGAGGAGAAUGAUAGGUUAAAGAGAGAUGUAGGUAACUGGAAGGUCCAGUUUGAAAGCAAGCAGGAGGUGAUCAAGCAGUAUGAAACGGACAAGAACCGUCUGGAGAGGGAAAAGAAUUCGCUGAACAGCGAGAUAGAGAGGCUGAUGAGAGAACUCAGGGAGCUUGAAGAGAUGUAUAAAAGUAAGCUGUCAGCCAUCCAGAAAGAACUGAAAGACAUGGCUGCUCUCAGACAAAACAUGGAAGCUGAGCUGAGGAAAUCUAGAGAGCCUCCAGCCUUGGAUGCCUCCAAUGUGAUUUUCGAUGGAGUCCGCAAAAAAGUCACAGCAGACCAGUUGCUUGACUGUGGUGUUUUGGACAAACCAACAUUUAGCCAGCUUGCUAAGGGGCAUAAGACUGUUCCUGAAGUGUCUGCUGACAAAAAGAUUAACCUGAAGGGUACAGGCCCAAUAGCUGGGGUGAUAGUUGAAGGCCAGAAAGGUUCAGGAUCUGCGAAUGGUCUCCUAUUCAAAAUGACAUUCGCUGAAGCCAAGAAAGAGAAUCUUCUGCCACCAGAUAGCAUCGACCUGCUACUGGAUGCUCAGGCCGCCACAGGCCACAUAAUUGAUCCCAGGACCAAUCAGAAGUUUACAGUUGAGGAGGCAUGUGACCAAGGUGUGGUUGCUGAAAAGGACAAAGCAAGGUUGCUAGCAGCAGAAGCAGCAGCUGUAGGAUACAGUGGUUCUGCAACAAGCAAACCCCUUUCAGCAUAUGAGGCCAUGAAGAAAGGACUUAUUAACAAGAACACAACACUGCGCCUCCUACAAGCCCAGGAGGCUGUGGGAGGCAUCCUAGAUCCAAAACUCAGUGUGUUCCUUCCCAAAGAGACAGCCGUUGAGCGUAAACUAAUUGAUGAUAGCAUAUACCGUGCUCUGAAUCAAAGACCUGAGCUCUACCUGGACCCAGAGAGUGAAGAGGGUGUAACAUACAUGUCACUGAAGAGGAGAUGUAAGGUAGAGCUAAACACUGGCCUCCUGCUUCUUCCUGUCCCUGAGAAGUUAGAUCCCUCUAAACUUGUCUUUGAUGGUGUUCGCAAACCUGUCACAGCCAAGCAGCUGGUUGAUUGUGAUGUGCUAGACAAGCAAACGUUAAAAGAUCUGGAAAAGGGGAAGAAAUCUGUCUCAGAGGUGUCUUUGGAUAAGAAGGUCUACCUAAAGGGGACUGGAUCGAUCGCUGGUGUGGCUGCUGGACCUUCAGGGAAAAUGUCUCUAACAGAGGCCAAGAAACAGAAGCUCAUGACUGCUGACUGUGCAGAUCUGCUUCUAGAUGCCCAGGCAGCCACUGGUCACAUCAUUGACCCAACAACCAAUGAAAAGCUGAAAGUAGAGGAAGCAUGUGCCAUCGGAUUGGUGGACAAUAAGGAUCGAGGUAGACUCCUAGCAGCAGAGGCUGCUGCUGUGGGUUUCAAGGACCCCAGCACAGUGAAGCCUCUUUCAGUGUUUGAAGCCAUGACGAAGGGACUGAUUGAUGAGAAGACAGGGCUACGUCUGCUGCAGGCCCAGGAGUCUGCAGGUGGCAUUCUAGACCCAACCCUUAGCGUGUUCCUCCCCAGAGACAUGGCUAUAAAGCGAAACAUUUUGGAUGAGGACCUCUGUCGUGCUCUAAACAGGAAGCCUGAAUGCUACCUUGACCCAGACACCCAACAAGGAACUACCUAUAUAUCUCUGAAGAAAACAUGCAAAGUAGAUCCACGCACAGGGCUUCUGCUUCUUCCUGAACCUAAAAAGCCUGUAACAGUCCAGGGGCUUCGGGACCAGGUGUCCGUCAUGGAUCUAGUGGAUGCAAAUCUGCUGAAACGUUCUGAUAUGGACAAACUGAGGGAGGGCAGAUUGACAAGCAGGGACAUUGAAGACCGUCUGGGAUCCUACCUGAGAGGUUCUACCUGCAUAGCAGGAAUUUACGAUGAGGCCAAUGAGAAGGUGCUGCCCAUUUAUCAGGCCAUGAAAGAUGGACUGUUGAAACCUGGGACCACUCUAGAACUACUUGAGGCCCAGGCUGCUUCAGGCUUUAUAGUUGAUCCUGUCAACAACCAUUUCCUGAGUGUAAGUGAUGCCUACAGCAAAAGACUGUUUGGUCCAGAGUAUAAAGACUCCCUUCUAUCAGCAGAGAGGGCUGUGACUGGCUACCAAGUGCCUGGCACAGACAAGGUUAUCUCCCUCUUUCAGGCCAUAGAGAGAGGUCUAGUGGAGAAAGGUCAUGGUAUCCGACUGCUAGAGGCACAGAUUGCCAGUGGUGGCAUCAUUGACCCUGAACACAGCCAUCGUAUUGAUGUGGACGUAGCCUACGAGAAGGGUUACUUUGAUGAGAGAAUGAACAGGGUCCUGAGCAGUCCGAAUGCUGAAACUAAGGGUUUCUUUGACCCUAACACAGAGGAAAACCUAACCUAUAAGGAGCUUAAGAAGGCCUGUAUCACAGACAGGAAGACUGGCCUCAUCCUUUUGCCCAUCAUAGACAAGUCAAAGCUGGAGUCGACGACGAGAAAGAGGAGAGUAAUAAUCGUCGACCCGGAGACAAAUAGAGAGAUGACAGUGCGUGAAGCAUAUGACAAAGGAUUGAUCGAUUACGACACAUUCAUCGAUCUGUCUGAGCAGGAGUGUGAGUGGGAAGAGAUCACUAUUACUGCUCAGGAUGGUUCCACACAAUUUAAGUUAGUUGACAGUAAGACAGGAAGAGAGUAUGAUAUUACUGAGCUGCUCGAAAAGAGAGUGAUUAGUCAGUCAGAUCUAGAUCAGUACAAAUCACGCAUCAUCACCCUUACUCAGUUUGCAGAUAUCAUAACAAAGAAGACCAGAGGCCUAUCAAGACCAUCAGCAGCCUCAGGUAAUUCCUUGACAUCUUUGUCAUCUUCUUCUUCAAGAACUUUAGCCCCCCAGGGUUCAUCUUCAGUGACAUUUUCAUCGUCAUCUUCUUCUUCUAGAACAUCAACGACGCCAAGCACAGCGUCAGUAACAUCGUCAUCAACUUUGAGAAACUCAGGAGGGUCAGCUUCAUCAACUUUGACAUCCUCCUCAUCAUCAUCAGCUCCACCCAGACCCUCAUCACCAUCCCUUGCCAAAAUGACCACAACAAGAACUACCACUCUCACAGAACGAAGCUCCAAAUCAAGCAGUACUUCUCGGGACAUGCCUGACUCUGCCAGAAAUAUAUCCAGUGUAUCAGUUACUCUGUCCUCCCCUGUUGUAACUGUAGGUGAACAGGAACCUGUAGGUGCAGUCUUUGACACAGAGAAUUUCGAGAAAAUAUCCAUCUUUGAGGCUUUAAAUCGCGGUCUGGUGGAUACUAUCACCGCCCAGAGAUUGCUGGAGGCCCAGGCAUGCACUGGAGGAAUCAUUAAUCCCAAAAAUGGCAACAGGCUUGGCAUCCAAGAGGCUUCACGUCUUGGCAUUAUAGAUGAGAACAUGGCCUCCAAGCUUAAGCCUGCCCAGAAAGCUUACAUUGGCUUUGAGGAUGUAAAAACCAGGAAGAAGAUGUCUGCUGCGGAGGCCAUUAAGGAGAAAUGGCUGCCAUAUGAGGCAGGGCACAGGUUCCUGGAGUUCCAGUAUAUAACUGGGGGCUUUCAUGACCCAGAAACGGGCUGUAGAAGAACCAUACAAGAUGCUUUGCAAAUGGGCUGGCUGGACGAGAGGACGGCUCAGAAGCUCCAAGAUGUCAAAAAGCAAACAAAGAACCUGACAUGCCCAAAGAGCAAACUUAAGAUCUCAUACACGGACGCUCUGGCUAACUGCAUGUCGGAGGAACGCACCGGAGUUCGAAUGCUUCCUGCAUCAUCAGUAUCUUCCAGUGGGAUCAGCAGUCCUUACAAUGUCUCCUCUGCUCCCGGAUCCACCACUGGCUCAAGGAGUGGCUCUCAAAGGGGCUCCCGCAGAGGCAGUGUUGACUUAGGCUCCCCGGGCGCAACAACUAGUCGCUACACCUUCAGCUCCUUCAACUCUUCCUCCACCUCCUCCAGAUAAAGAGUAUUCCAAUAUGUCUUGAUCACAACAUUGAAAAAGGUGUGUUGUAUAGUAAAUAAGAUGCCUUGAUAAUCUUUUUCAAACUUCUGGAUAGUUCUAAAUUUAAGCUUUGAUGUUGCUAUGCUUUUAAAAAUGUUGUACUUGCAAAAAUCAGCACAAUCAAAUCAACACUGCCAAGGUAUUUCUUGUAGAAUUGGACUAAAGUAUGAAUGCUAUCAAUCUUGAGGUAACUGGUUAAAAAAGUUUAUGCUGAUGAAAUUGUUGAUGCCUCUAUCCUUGGAAAUGACUACCAUUUUCUUACAUUACUCAUAUAUUGCAUAUCUUUGAAAUGUUAUUUCUUUUUAAGCUUUGCACUGGUAAAUGGUCGUAUUAGACAUGUAAAAUGGCUUUUUGUGAGGGAAGGGGAAUGGGGUUAAAAAUACUGACGUACUCGUUUUUUUUUUUGUUUUUACCAUAUCAUUCAUAAUCAUUGGUUUCCUGCUGAUAAGUGCUAUUGGUUUUGUAACAGUUUCUGAAUAUAUCAAAUUAAAAGGGUAUUUUGCUCA